GUUGGGUGGGGUUGACUGAUGGGGAUAAGCUGUCUCUGAAGCCCACUCUGUUCCAAGACAAUCGCCUGCUUUUUCUAGAGCCUGUUGAAGGCGUUUGCGAGGCGUUUAACGCCGUCCAGUCGGGGAAGUAUGACGUAAAGUGCUGGAGCAAACACGAGUGUCACCUGGGCAUUGAAGGGGACAAGAACGUAUUUCUGCUGAUACCAAAUUUGCGUGAUGUUGUGGUGUAUUCUCAUCCAGAGCGUUUGCCCGCUUUCCCAAAGGCGUGGAAACCGCUGCUCUUUAUUGUGAACCCCUCUGUGGUGGCGUUUCGACUGACUGACCGAGUGUGUUUGGUGGUGACGAUUGAUGAGAGUCACACAGUGAAAGUGCAGUGCGUUGACUACAAUGGGGGCUUUUUAGUCUCUCAUCCGUCCACAAAUGCAGCACUUGCUUACGGUGCAAUGGUGGUGAAGGGUUUUGAUACACUUCCGAACUGCGAGGUGAUACCGCACAUGAAUUGCGCCUCGGGCGACUGGGGCUUCUUCGUGCAGUUGUUUGAGUGGGGGUCGUUUGUAAUUCCUAAGUCUUUAGACCUGACGCGGCCCACCUCAAUCCUAGGUCUCGGACUCGGAAAGAAGGUCGACUGUUUGGGGGUGCUGCUUCACCCACCCAACAUCAUCAUCAUGGUGCACUUGGAAUCGCCCAAGGUGCUGAGGGCCCUCAGCUACGGUCGCGACUACCUUAUGACGGCCAUAAAAACUAGCGAAACAGACAUCGACAUCUACUUCAUCAUGGAUGGGCAAAUGGUCCGCUACAGCUACUCCUUUGAUCUUCGAAUAAACAGACCUGGGAAACCCCAACACCACGAUAACGUGGCCUUAAAGUGUACACUUGAACUCGACGAAAAAAAGAAAUGCAACCGCUUCAUCUUUCACAGCACAAAAAACUCAACUGUUGUUGUGCCGGAAGGCUGCCCAUCAGGAGAGGGAGACCACCUAGUGAAUAAAACUCUCAUCGCAGUUUUCGAUGCGGAGAUAUGCAUGUACCUCACGCAUCCUCCUGCCCUGAAGCUGUGCUCUGCCUUCAACACUGUGGCACUGCCCAUCGACUGA